UGCCCUCGCAGCGCCGCCAGCUCGGGAGCCAGUCAUGGUGGCUGCAGUGGUGGCGGCGUGGCUGCUCCUGUCGGCCGCGGUCUGCGCUCAGCGGGAACAGGACUUCUACGACUUCAAGGCGGUCAACAUCCGGGGCAAGUUGGUGUCACUGGAGAAGUACCGCGGAUCGGUGUCCCUGGUGGUGAACGUGGCUAGCGAGUGUGGCUUCACGGACCAGCACUACCGAGCCUUGCAGCAGCUGCAGCGGGACCUGGGGCCCCACCACUUCAAUGUGCUUGCCUUCCCCUGCAACCAGUUCGGCCAGCAGGAGCCCGAUACCAACAAGGAGAUCGAGAGCUUCGCCCGCCGCACCUACAGUGUUUCUUUCCCCAUGUUUAGCAAGGUCGCAGUCACAGGCACUGGUGCCCACCCUGCCUUCAAGUACCUGAUCCAGACUUCUGGGAAGGAGCCCACCUGGAACUUCUGGAAGUACCUAGUGGCCCCAGAUGGAAAGGUAGUAGGGGCUUGGGACCCAACUGUGUCGGUGGAAGAGAUCAGGCCCCAGAUCACAGCACUCGUGAGGAAGCUCAUCCUGAAGAAGCGAGAAGACUUAUAACCACUUUCUCUCCUCUCCCACUGUCCCAUCCCAACCCCCCAUCCUCCACCUUGAAUGGGUGACCAAACCAAACUCAGUGGUGCUCAAUGGUGCUUGGAGGGAGGGCCUAUGGACUCUCCUUCCUCCAUUUUUAUCCCACCUACCCUGUCACUCCUAUGGGGGAAAAUUUCUAGCAUUUGGAUUAUUUGAGUCUUAGAACAACCUAUAGGAACUCUUGGCCAAUGAUAGCUCUUGACCAAUGAAUCACCAGCCAAUAAGAACCUCUAGCCCAUGAAAGCAUGUGGCAAAUAGAAGUAUAUCAAGCAAUGAUCUCCUGCCUACUAAGAACUCUGUAAAAUGGGACCAAUUCCUACCUCACAGGGCUGUUGUGAGGAUGAGGAUGAAAGAUCUAUGAAAGUGCCUAGGGCAAUGCCAGCUCACUAGGAGGCAUUCAAUAAAUGGGGUUUUUUUUUUGCAUAUAAACCAAAAAAUAACUUGCAAUCAAUAAAAACUUGUGCCCAACAUGAAUUUCCAGCCAUCGAGAAUCCAGGCCAAAGAUUUAUUUGUUGUUGUAAUUGUUGUCCUCUGUAUUAUUUUUUUUAAUUACAAAAGUAAUGCAAAUAGAUUGUAAAAUAAUACAGGAUGAUAUAAAAUAAAAAUGAAGAUAUCCCCCUUAUUUUCUAUAUCUCACUCCCUGGAGGUGAAUAAAUACU